AUUGACAACGUUGCUUUCAUCGACGGCUACUCAACUCAAACUUCCAGACAUUAUAGACAGCCUCAAAGAAUUUAAUUCAACUAUUCAUUAUUCUUUUUAAGGUUAUAUAUAUUUAAUGAUUUUGAGGAGUAGCAAAAAAUAAACCAAUAUAAGUGUAACAGUUUAUAGUGUGUUUUGGGUCGUCAUUUAUCAAAAGUCAAUAAACAUUGUAGUGCAUUGUUUUUAUAUGAUGAUGUUACUUUUUAUAAUAGCACUGAAUUUAGCAAGUCAAGUUUAUUCCAGAGGAUUAUUCGAUACUCAAUUACAUUUCUAUGAUCCGGAUUUGACAAAUUCUUUUGAUUGGAGAUUUUUACAGGAAUUAGCACCACAAUAUAAAAAUGUAAUAGUUUCUCCCAUUAGUCUUAAACUUAUAUUAGGAUUGUUAUAUCAAGGAUCUGAAUCAGAAUCUGAAAAAGAAUUUCAAAGGAUUUUAAACUAUCGUAACAAAGAGAUAGUCAAAGAAAAAUAUACUGAUAUUCUAAAUAAUUUACAGAAUGCAGAAAGAACUGAAUAUUUGCUUAAUAUUGGAACUGCAAUUUUUCUUGAUCAGGAUUUACGUAUUCAACCGAAUUUCGAACAAAUUUCUAGGCGUAAUUUUAGAACUGAUAUACGAGCGACGAAUUUUAAUAAACCAAAACAGGCUAGUUCAAUGAUUAACGAAUGGAUCGAAAAUUUAACCAACGGAAAAAUAACAAAAAUUAUCGACGCUAGUGACAUUCCACAAACAUUAAUGGUUAUUACAAACGCGUUAUAUUUCAAAGGAACAUGGACGCACCAAUUUCCCAAAAAUCAAACACGUGUUGGAACUUUUCUUACAACGCCGAAUAUUAAACGUGGCGUACCUGUUGAAUAUAUGACCACCAGUGAUGAAUUCCUUUAUUACGAAGAUUCCAAAUUAAACUGUAAAGUUCUUAGGUUGGAAUAUAGAGAUAGUUCUUUUGCGAUGUUCAUACUACUGCCUAAUAAAUUGGGAGGCUUGGACGAUUUAAUAAAAAAUGUAGAUUUAUCUAAAAUAGGGAAUAUAAGAUUUCAAAUGACACAAGAAACUGUACGAGUUACUAUUCCAAAAUUCAAAUUUAAUUUUGACGUAAAAUUAGCUCCUAUAUUACGAAAGUUUGGUUUUCAUCAAAUAUUCGACAAUAUGACUAGUCUGACGGGAAUUAUUAAAAAUAAUAGUGCAAUACCGAAACGCUUAUUUGUAAAUGAUAUUGUUCAAAAGUCUGGAAUAGAAGUAGACGAAGAAGGCAGCGUUAUAUAUUCAGCGACAGAAUUCAACGUGGGUAACAAAUUCGCUGAAAAUAUAUUAACAUUCAACGCGUCUCAUCCUUUCAUGUUUUUUAUCGAGGGUCCCAAUAACACUAUACUAUUUGUUGGUAAAUGUGAAGAUCCUUCGGGUUCCUGGGAUUCGAUAAAUUCAAAUAAUUACGAGUCGGGAAAAUUAGAAGUUAAUCAAUCACAGUACGUUGUUGUAGAAAGUAAAUAUAAUAAUCCUCAAGAAAAUUUGAAUAAUGCUCCAACUUUAAAUCUAGAUCCAGAUUCCUACCAACCUCCGGAUGACGAUAUUACUCAGUUAGCUUCUAGAUUUAACCUUUUUGAUGUAGAAUUACUCGGCGAAUUCAAAUAUUCUCCCGUCAACGUUUUAAUAUCUCCGGCUAGUGUUAAAACGACAUUAGCGAUGAUUUUGGAAGGAGCCAUUGGAAGUUGCGCUUUGGAAAUUAGCGAAGCUUUAAGAAUACCCGAUAUCAAUUUAAAAGCGACUAGAACGAUUUUACAGCAACUGGUAAACAAUUUAAAUGAAAAAGCGACUGCGAAUACAUUUUUGGAAUGUCACAAUGCCGUAUUUACCUCAGAUAAAGAACGUUUAUUGGAAGAUUACAAAAAUGUUGUGAUGAAAUUUUAUAAUGCUUAUUUGAAAUCGUUAGAUUUUACAAACGCUGUUCAAGCUGCCAAAGUAAUUAAUAAAUGGGUAUCAGAUUCUACUCGUGGAACAAUAGAUCGAAUUAUUUCUGAGGAAAUGAUCAGUCCUGAAUCGUACAUUAUAAUUUCGAACGCCUUAUAUUUCAAAGGAAAAUGGAAGAAAUCUUUUGAUAUAAAAAGUACAAUGAAAAAAUGUUUUUAUACAAAUAAGGGAUGCGUCGAAGUACACAUGAUGCAUAUUUCCGAUAAUUUUAACUACAAUUACAUCAACACGUUGCGAGCUUACGUCGUAGAUAUUCCGUAUGAGGAUAAAUUUUCAAUGUUAUUGAUUCUACCGACCGCAAAUGCCAACGUACGGACUGUUAUUCGUGAUUUACCGCAUUUUAUGUCGACUAUUUUAAAUAAUUUGAUGACGUCAGAAAUUGUUUUGGAAUUACCGAGAUUCUCGUUCGAAUAUUCUGUGGAUUUAACUGAUAAUUUAAAAGCUUUAAAUGUACGAGAUAUAUUUGGUACUAAAGCAAAUUUAUCCAGAAUCGUCCAAGGUAAAGACGCCAAAGUAAAUAGACUGUUACAUAAAACGAAAAUAAUGGUUGACGAAGAAGGAACGACCGCAUCGGCAUCAACGAAUGCGAUGAUUAUUCCAUUAAUGCAACCGAUCACUAUCACCGUUAAUAGACCUUUCGUCUUUAUGAUUUAUCAUCGAGAUACUAAAAAUAUUAUUUUUGAAGGUAUAAUACAAAAUCCUUUAGAAUGAAGAAAAAUUAGAAAGAGGCAGAAAAAAAAUUAAGAGCGGCGAGAAUCGGAGAAGCGGAAGAAAGAAAUUCUAUUUAAAUUAUUUUUUUAUCAAAAUAGUCAUAUAAUUAUAUAAUAUUUUUAAACUUU